AUGGAUGACCUCAAAUUAUACACCGUCCAUACUUCGAUUGUUCUGAGCGAUAGUGAGCAAAAGAAGAUGUCGCAGGGUCUGCUCCUCUCUUUACAGAAGGAUGACAAUCAGAGAUUAGAGAAUAUCCCCACUACAAAGGCGGGCAACCAUCAGCUCUCAUUUGAUAUGAAAGUCGCAAACAAUCAGGCCGAAACUGGCCUUCAGUCCCAUGAACUUCCGCAAGUUACCACGGUUGAUGCAAUCCAAGAACACGAAUCAAACAUUAUUAUCUGCGACUGGAUAAACAUUAUCGCUGGGGCUGGUAUGGGAUUCGGGGGGGACAAUCGACGAGCAAUUGUUGCUCUCACACGCGAUCGUGCAGAUAGUCACAGUCAACAAGGACGCAAAGAUCGCUGAGAUCCUUCGGUCGACCAGUGCUGGAAAUCUAUGAAGAAGACAUUGAUCAAAUGUGUCCUACACCAUCGUGGCAGAACCUGGCUAUAACGAAGGAAGGCCGCUCCAUAUCUAUACUGAUCUCGGCCUGAAAUAUUUUGAUUUGGGAGUGAAGUUACUAUAUUGCAGUACCUUCCUUUCGUUCAUCGAAAUCACCUCUGGACGCUGACUUAGGUCCUGAGAGGAUUACAGCG